UCCCCUCGGGAGCGGAUAGCGGAUCCCGGACCCCCCGAGGCCCCGGUUGAACCAGGCCAGGAUCAGGAGGGGCCCAGCUGGCCGGCCAUGGCGGGGACCAAGGUCCGGGCAGCCCCGACCCCGGCCCGUCAGCUGACCGUGGGAAGGCCCGGGGCCCCGACGGUUCCCCGGAGGCCGCCGCUUCCCCUGCUGCUGCUGCUGUUGCUGCCUCUCCCGGGGCCCGGUGGCCUGGCGGAGGCGGGGGUGACCCCUGGCCGGCUGGACCUGCAGAUCGACGAGGAGCAGCCGGCCGGGACGCUGAUCGGAGACAUCAGCGCCGGACUCCCUCCGGGCACCACGGCCCACAUGUACUUCAUCUCGGCCCAGGAGGGCAGUGGGGUGAGUUCGGACCUGGCCAUCGAUGAGCACAGCGGGGCGGUCCGCACCGCCCGCGUCCUGGACCGGGAGCGGCGCGACCACUACGCCUUCAUCGCCGUGACCCCCGAGGGAGUGACGGUGGAGGUCAGCGUGCGGGUCAAUGAUAUCAACGACCACGCGCCGGCCUUCCCCCAGGCCCGCGCCACCUUGGAGGUGCCCGAGCAUUCGCCACCGGGCCGUCGGUUCCCGCUGGAGCCGGCCCGCGACCUCGACGGUGGCCGGCUGGGCACGCAGGGCUAUGGGCUGACCGGGGAAGGCGCGGGCGAUGCCUUCCGGCUGGACACCCGGCGCAGCCCCGACGGGCAGCUCUGCCCCGAGCUGGUGGUCAGCGGCCCGCUGGACCGCGAGAACCGCUCCCACUACACGCUGGUCCUGGAGGCCUUCGACGGCGGCGCCCCACCACGCCGGGCUCAGGCCGUGCUGGACGUGGCCCUGCUGGACAUCAACGACCACGCGCCGGCCUUCAACCAGAGCCGCUACCAGGCGGUGGUGUCGGAAAGCCUGGCCCCAGGCAGCCCGGUGCUGCGGGUCUUCGCCGCCGACGCGGACGAGGGCGAGAACGGGGCCGUGCUGUACGAGAUCAACCGACGCCAGAGCGACGCGGACGGCUUCUUCGCCAUCGACCCGCGGACGGGCCUGAUCCGGCUGCAGCGCGGGCUGGACUUCGAGCAACGCAGAGUACACGAGCUCGUGGUGCAGGCCCGCGACGGUGGCCUCCACCCCGAAGUCGGCACGGCCUUCGUGUCCGUCCACGUGCGCGACUCCAACGACAACCAGCCCACCAUGACCAUCAUCUUCCUGAGCGAGGACGGCUCGCCCCGGGUGUCCGAGGGGGCCCAGCCGGGCCAAUACGUGGCCCGCAUCUCCGUGUCCGACCCCGACUACGGCGAGUACGCCCACGUCAACGUCUCCCUGGAGGGCGGCGAGGGCCAGUUCGCCCUGACCACCAAGGAUAGCGUCAUCUACCUCAUCUGCGUGGCCCGCCGGCUGGACCGCGAGGAGAGGGACUCCUACGCCCUCCGGGUCACGGCCACGGACGCCGGGUCGCCGCCGCUCAGGGCCGAGUCCGCCUUCGUCCUGCGGGUCACCGACGUCAAUGACAACCCGCCGGCCUUCGACCGGCCGCUCUACCGGCCCGAUCCGCUGCCCGAGGUCGUCUACCCGGGCAGCUUUGUCCUGCAGGUCACCGCCCGGGACCGCGACCAGGGCCCCAAUGGCGAGGUCACCUACAGCCUGCUGCCCUCGCCGGACACCCACGCCCACUGGUUCUCCAUCGACCCGGCCAGCGGUAUCAUCACCACCGCUGCCCCUCUGGACUAUGAGCUGGACCCACAGCCCCGGCUGACGGUGCUGGCCACGGACGGCGGCCGCCCGGCCCUCUCCUCCACGGCCGUGGUCAGCGUGGCCCUGCAGGACGUCAACGACAACGAGCCCGUCUUUCAGAGGAAUUUCUACAACGCCUCCCUACCCGAGAGCACCCCCGGGGGGACCUGCUUCCUCCAGGUCACAGCCACCGACGCGGACAGCGGCCCUUUCGGCUCUCUUUCGUACUCCCUGGGCGCCGGCAUCGGCUCCACCGUCCCCCUCCAGUUCCACAUCGACCCCCAGAGUGGGGAGAUCUGCACCGCCCAGAGCCUCGACCGCGAUGGCGGGGCGCCCAGCUUCGACUUCACCGUCAACGCCGUCGAUGGGGGUGGGCUGAACUCCAUGGUGUACGUGAAGGUCUUUGUGACCGAUGAGAACGACAACCGUCCCGCCUUCUACCCAUGGGAGUAUGCAGCCAGCCUGAGCGCCCAGAGCCGGCCAGGCACGCCCGUGCUGCGGGUCAGUGCCCACGACCCAGACGAGGGCCCCCACGGCCGGGUCACCUAUCGCAUCAUCGCCGGCAACUCCCCUCCGCUCUUCUCUCUGGACCAGGACACCGGCCUCCUCUCGGUCUCCUGGCCCCUAAGCGGCCAGGCGGGCUCCCUGCUACAACUGGAGAUCGCAGCGCAGGACGGAGGGGGCCUCCAGGCCGAGCCCAACGCCCGUGUCAACGUCAGCGUGGUGCCCGGGACUGCCUCCCCACCAAUCUUCGAGCAGGCGCAGUACUUCUUCACCGUGCCCGAAGACGUGGCCCUGGGCACCAGCAUUGGCCUCAUCCGGGCACACAACCCCCCAGGCCGGACCGACCCCAUCUCCCUGUCCAUUUCAUCCGGGGACCCGGACGGCUGCUUCUCCCUGGACGGAGCCACGGGGCUCCUGCGGACCGGUCGGGCCCUGGACCGAGAGGCGGGACCGGUGCUGGAGCUGGAGGUGCGGGCGGGCAGCGGGUCGCCCCCCGUCUUCGCCCGGGCCCGGGUCCGCGUGGCCCUGACCGACGUCAACGACAACGCCCCGGCCUUCCCCGUGCCUACGGACGCCGUCGUGCUGCCGGCCGGCGCGGCCCCCGGGACCCCCGUCUACACCCUGCGGGCCGCCGACCCCGACGCCGGCGCCCACGGCCGGGUGACCUUUGCCCUGCUGGCCGGGGGCGCCGGCCAGUUCUCCGUGGAGCCGGCCACGGGGCUGGUGCGGCUGCUGGGGCCGCUCGACGCCGCCGGGCCCCGGGCCUUCGAGCUGGUCCUGGAGGCCCGGGACGGGGGCGUCCCUCCGCUCAGCUCCCGCUUCCUGCUCAGGGUCGGGGUGCGGGACGCCGAGGAUGCCCGGGCACCACGGUUCGACACCCCUACCUACCGGGUGGAGCUCCCCGAGGGCACGGGCCCCGGCACCCGCUUCCUGCAGGUGCGGGCCCGUGGCCCCGAGGGCACAGGCUCCGGCCUGGCCUACCACCUGCAGGCCGACGGGGCGGCGGCUGGCUUCGGCCUGGACCCGGACAGCGGCUGGCUCUGGGUCCGCGGGGCGCUGGACCGCGAGGCCCGGGACCUCUACACCCUCACCGUGCUGGCCGUGACCCCGGGCCCGGGGUCCGGCAGUGCCCGGCCCCGCCUCACCGGCACGGCCACCGUGUGGGUCGGCGUCACCGACCAGAACGACCACUCCCCGCGGCUCGGGCAGGAGCCCGCCUUCCUGGCCGUGCCCGAAAACCGGCCCCCGGGCACCAGCGUGGGCAAGGUGACCGCCGUCGACCGGGACGCGGGGCCUAACGGCCGCCUGACCUACCGUCUUCUGCAGCCCGACGACAACUUCCUCAUCCACCCGCAGACUGGGGAGGUGACCACAAAGCGGAGUCUCGACCGGGAGGGGCACAGCAGCCAUCAGCUUGUGGUCCGGGUACAGGACGGGGGCGCGCCGCCCCGCAGCACCACGGGCACCGUGCACAUCACCGUGCUGGACGACAAUGACAACGCCCCCAGCUUCCUGCACGCCCCUGGCUUUCCCCUUCAGGUGGCAGAGGGCAUCCCGGCAGGGACCCUGGUGACAUCCCUACAGGCGAGAGAUCCAGACGAGGGAGAAAACGGGACCAUCCUGUAUGGACUGACUGGUCCCAGCUCGGCACUCUUCUCCCUGCACCCUCACUCCGGCGAGCUGCGCACUGCGGGCCUGCUGAGCCGCGCCGACCGCGAGCACCACGUCCUCACGGUGACCGCCCGGGACCAAGGUAGCCCUCCCCUCAGCACUGUCCUGCACCUCCACCUCCAGGUGGUUCCCCGGUCCCACCGGCCGCCGCCCCCUCGGGACGCGACGCCCGCGGAGCUGACCCUGAUGGCGACCGAGGGGCUGCGGCCUGGCUCCCUGCUGGGCUCGGUGGCCCUGCCCGGGGUGCCGCCGGGGGCACUGACCUACACGCUGGACGCCGCCGGCGACCCGGAGGGCACCUUCGCGCUGGACGCCACCACGGGCCAGCUGUUCCUGGCCCGGGCGCUGGACUUCGAGGCCGGGCCGGCCCGGCUGGCGCUGACCGUGCGGGCGGACGACGCCGGGGCCGGGGCCGGCCUCCCCCAGGGGCCACGGCUGCUGCGGGUGGAGGUGCGGGUGGAGGACGAGAACGAGCACGCGCCCGCCUUCGGCCGCGACCCCUUGACCCUGGCUCUGGCGGAGAACCCGGCCCCGGGGGCCACGCUGUACACCUUCCAGGCCACCGACGCCGACGGGCCCGGCCCCAACAGCGACGUCCGGUACCGCCUGUUGCGCCAGGUGCCGGCCGCCCCGGCCUUGCGGCUGGACCCUCGCACGGGGGCCCUGAGCGCCCCGCGAGGGCUGGACCGCGAGGCCACCCCGGCCCUGCUCCUGCUGGUCGAGGCCUGCGACCGCCCACUCAACGCCAGCCUGCGCCGGGCCUCCCGCGUGUCCGCCCGGGUCUUCGUGGUGGACCAGAACGACAACGCCCCGGCCUUCGCCUCUCCGGCCCGGGCCCGCCUGCCCGAGGACCAGCCGCCCGGGCCCGUCGCCCUCCACGUGGUCGCCCACGACCCGGACCUGGGCGAGGCCGCCCGCCUCUCCUACCGCUUGGCCGGGGGCGACGGUCGCGGGCAUUUCCACCUGCACCCCGACACGGGAGCACUGUCCGUCGUGAGGCCCCUGGAUCGGGAGCAGAAAGCAGAGCACGCCCUGACCGUGGUGGCCUCAGACCACGGCUCUCCGGCCCGCUCGGCCACGCAGCUGCUGACCGUCAGCGUGUCGGACGUCAACGACGAAGCCCCUGCCUUCCAGCGGCCAUCGUACCAGGCCAGCGUGGCCGAGAACCGGCCGGCGGGGACCCCCGUGCUCACCCUCCUGGCCACCGACCCCGACCUGGGCGCUAACGGGCAUGUGAUUUACGGCGGCGUCGCCAGUGACAGCUUCUCCUUGGACCCGGACACCGGGGUCCUUACCACCACUCGACCCCUGGACAGGGAAGAGCAGGAAGAAUUCAGCCUGACAGCGUAUGCCCGAGACGAAGGCAAUCCUCCACUGCUGAGCCACGUGGCCGUGCGGGUGACCGUGACCGACGAGAACGACCACAGCCCGGCCUUCGGGAUGGACCGCCUCACCCUGGACGUGCCCGAGGGCCAGAGCCCCCUGACCCUCACCACGCUGCGGGCUGCUGACCCCGACGCUGGGCCCAACGGGCGGCUGCGCUACAGCAUCCUGGAGGGAGACCCCUCGGGAGACUUCGUGCUGGACGCGGGAUCCGGAGAGCUGGGGACGGCGCGGGAGCUGGACCGCGAGGCCACGGCGUCGUACGAGCUGCGGGUGGAGGCCCGGGACGGCGGGCUGCCCCCACGCCGCGCCGAGCUCCAGGUGGCCGUGAGCGUGCUGGACGUCAACGACCACGCGCCGGCCUUCCCCACCGUGGCCUACAACGUGGAAGUGCCCGAGGACCUGCCGGUGGGCGGCCUACUGCUCACCGUCCGCGCCGUCGACCACGAUGCCGGCGACAACGGCCGCGUGGCUUACUACCUCGACGGCGGGGCGGCGGGGGCCUUCCAGCUGGAGCCGGCCAGCGGGGAGCUGCGUACCGCCCGGCCGCUGGACCGCGAGCGCCGGGACGCCUUCGCCUUCCAGGUGACGGCAGUGGACGGGGCGGCCGGCCGGCCCCGCAGCGCCGUCGUGUCCAUCAAGGUCACCGUGCUCGACGUCAACGACCACGUGCCCUUCUUCCCGGCCAGCCCCCUGCGGCUGCGCCCGCCCCACCGCCUGGCUUCGGCCGGCUCCCGCCCCCUGGCCACGCUGACCGCCGAGGACCGCGACGCGGGCGCCAACGCGUCCAUCCUCUACCGCCUGGCCCGGCCGCCGCCCGGGGCCGCCGUGGACUCCUACACGGGCGAGAUCCGCCUGGCGCGGCCUACCGCCUCGCUCGCCCCCCGAGAGCGCGUCCUCUUCGUGGUGGCCACCGACCUGGGCCGGCCCGCCCUCUCGGCCACCGGCGUGGUGGUCGUCCAGCUGCCCGACGAGCCCGACGGCGGGCCCCGCUUCCCCCGGGCCAGCAGCGAGGCCUCCCUGCCCGAGAACGCUGCCCCAGGGACUCCGGUGCUGUCCCCCAAGGCCGUCCAUUCUGGGGGUUCUUCGGGGCCCAUCACCUACAGCAUCCUGAGUGGCAACGAGAAGGAAAUCUUUGCCAUCCAGCCCAGCUCAGGGGCGAUCUCUGUGCGAGCGGCCAGGGAGCUGGAUUUUGAAACCACCCCCCGGCUCCGGUUGGUCAUCCAAGCGGAGAGCGGAGGGGCGUUCGGCUUCACGGUGCUGACCCUGAGCCUGCAGGACACCAACGACAACGCCCCCCAUUUCCUCAGCCCCCACUACGUGGCCUUCCUCCCGGAAUCCCGGGCCUUCGACGGCCCCCUCCUCCAGGUGGAAGCCGAAGACGUGGACCAGGGCCCAGGGGGGCAAGUGACCUACAGCCUGGCCCCCUCGCAGCCCACGGGCGAGCUGUUUCAGAUGGACCCCAGCACCGGAGCCAUCACCACCUCAGCCAUCCUGGACCGCGAGGUCUGGGCAGAGACCCGCCUGGUGGUGAUGGCCACGGACCGGGGUUCUCCGCCGCUUGUAGGCUCCGCCACUUUGACUGUGAUGGUGCUGGACGUCAACGACAAUCGGCCAACUAUCCCCCGGCCUUGGGAACUUCGGGUGUCCGAGGAUGCCCCGUUGGGGGCGGAGAUCGCCCGGGUGACCGGGAACGACGUGGACUCGGGGCCGACACUGUCCUACACGUUGAGCCCCAGCGGGGAAGCGGGACCCUUCUCCGUAGGCCUCUUCGGGGGCCGCAUCUCCCUCACCGGGGCCCUGGACCACGAGCACCUCGACUGCUAUCACCUGCACCUGCUCGCCAGUGACGGGCAGCACGAGGGCAUCGCCAACCUGACCGUGUGGGUGGAGGACGUGAACGACAACAUGCCCAUCUUCAGCCACGGCCUCUACCAGGUGGCCCUCCCAGAACACACCCCGCCUGGUAGUGCCAUCCUCACCGUCUCCGCCACGGACCACGACUCGGGGGACAAUGGCCUCAUCACUUACCACUUGGCAUCUGCCCCUGAGGGCUUCAGCGUGGACCCCAGCAACGGAACCGUGUACACGACGGGCCCGGCGACGGCGGCGGCGGGCGGGACGGGCACGGUGGACGUGGUCCUGGAGGCGAGGGACCAGGGGUCUCCGGCGCGGAAGGCCCGGGCCACGGUGCUGGUGCAGCUGCAGGACGAGAACGACCAGGCCCCGCGCUUCGCCCAGCCCCACUACCAGGUGUCGGUGGCCGAGGACCUGCCCACGGGAGCCACCCUCCUGUCGCUGGAGGCGACGGACGCCGACCCCACGCGGCCCAACGCGGCUUUGGACUACACCAUCGUCAGCGGCAACCGGGGCCAGGCCUUCGGCCUGGAGCGCCGGCUGUCCGGCGGGGCCCAGGCGCUGGGCUGCCUGGUCCUCCUGGAGCCGCUGGACUUCGAGGCGGUAGCCCAGUACAACCUGACGGUGUCCGCCUCCGACCGGGGCCGGCCGCAGCGCAGCGCGGCCGUGGGCGUGAGCGUCACCGUGCUGGACGUCAACGACAACCCGCCCGUCUUCUCCCGCGCCCACUACCAGGCUGCCGUGCCCGAGGACACCCCCGCGGGCGCCGAGCUGCUGCGGGUGGCGGCCUCCGACCCGGAUGCCGGCCCCCACGGCGUGGUGCGCUUCAGCCUCAGCUCGGGCGACCCGGCCCGCCUCUUCCAGCUGGACGAGGUGACCGGCGCCCUGCGGCUGGCCCGGCCGCUGGACCGCGAGGCGCAGGCCCGGCACACCCUGGUGGUCCAGGCGGCCGACCCCCCGGGCGCCCACUUCGCCCUGGCGCCGGUCACCGUGGAGGUCCAGGACGUCAACGACCACCGGCCGGCCUUCCCCCUGCCCGUGCUCACCGCCAGCCUGGCCGAGAACCAGCCGGCCGGCACCCUGGUGGCCACGCUGCGGGCCCUGGACGGCGACGCCGGGCCCUUCGGCCGGCUGCGCUACACGCUGCUGCUGCCCCCGGAGCCCGGGGCGGCGGGAGGGGGCCUCGGGGGGCUCGGGGGGCCCGCCGGGCCCGGGGGGCCGGAGCCGUUCGCGCUCAACAGCUCCUCGGGCGAGCUGCGGGCCCGCGGGCCCCUGGACUACGAGCGGGUCCGCAGCUUCCGCCUGCUGGUGGGGGCGACGGACGCGGGCAACCUGUCGGCCUCGGCCACCGUGUCGGUGCUGGUGACGGGCGAGGACGAGUACGACCCCGUGUUCCUGGCCCCGGCCUUCCACUUCGCCGUGCCCGAGGGGGCCCGCCGGGGCCACAGCCUGGGCCACGUGCUGGCCACGGACGAGGACGCGGGCGCCGACGGCCUGGUCCUCUACGCGCUGGCCGCCCCCUCGCCCUACUUCCGCGUCAACCGGACCACGGGGGCGCUGACCCUGCAGGUGGACAGCCGCCCGCCGGGCGGCGGGGGCCGGGGCCGGGCCCGGCCCGAGGGCCCCCGCGAGCUGCACCUGGACGUGGUGGCCCGGGGCCCCCUGCCCGGCGCCCGCAGCGCCUCGGUGCCCGUCACGGUGGACGUGACCCACACGGGCCUGGGCCUGGCGCCCGACCUCAACCUGCUGCUGGUCGGGGCGGUGGCCGCCUCGCUGGGCGUGGUGGUGGUGCUGGCGCUGGCCGCCCUGGUCCUGGGCCUGGUGCGGGCCCGGAGGCGAGGCCGCAAGGCCCGGAGGGAGGCCGCCCCGGGCACGGCCGGUCCCUCGACGGCCCCGACGACCCCGGGUGGGGACGCCCCCCUGGGCCGGGCCCCCAGCGGCUCCCUGCAGAAGCUGGGCCUGCUCCCGCCGGUGCCCACGCCGCCCUCCGCGCCCGGGGAGCAUCUCUACCACCAGACCCUGCCGGGCUACGGUGGCGGAGGACCGGCCGCGGGGGGACCGACCGGGGGCCCGGGCGGCGGCUCGGCCGGGCCCUACCCGCGCGGGGGCUCCCUGGACCCUUCCCACUCGAGCGGCCGGGGCUCGGCCGAGGCGGCCGAGGACGACGAGAUCCGCAUGAUCAACGAGUUUCCGCGGGUGGCCAGCGUGUCGUCGUCGCUGGCCGCCCGCGGGCCGGACUCGGGCAUCCAGCAGGACGUCGACGGGCUGUCCGACACAUCCUGCGAGCCGCCCGCCGAGCCCUGGUUCAAGGGCCGCGUGGCCGGGGCCAAGGCCGGGGUGCUGCUUCUGCCCUCGCCCCCCGCCGGACCCGGGGCGCCCCUCUGCCCCCGCCCGGACGGGCCGGGGGCGCCGGGCCCGGGGGCGCCGGGCCCGGGGGCCUUCCUGGGGGGCUGCGGCCCGGUCCCCGCGGACUACGGCUUUCCCGCCGACGGGAAGCCCUGCGUGGCCGGGGCGCUGACGGCCAUCGUGGCCGGGGACGAGGAGCUGCGAGGCAGCUACAACUGGGACUAUCUGCUGAGCUGGUGCCCCCAGUUCCAGCCGCUGGCCAACGUGUUCACCGAGAUCGCCCGGCUCAAGGACGAGGCGGCCAGGCCCUGCCCGCCGCCGCGCAUCGACCCGCCCCCGCUCAUCACGGCCGUUGCCCACCCCGGGGCCAAGUCGGUGCCCCCCAAGCCGGCCGCCCUGCCCGCCGUCGGGCCCGGGCCCCGCCGGUCGCCCAUCAGCCACGAGGGCUCCCUGUCGUCCGCCGCCAUGUCCCCCAGCUUCUCGCCGUCCCUGUCGCCGCUGGCCGCCCGCUCCCCCGUGGUCUCCCCUUUUGGGGUCUCCCAAGGCCCCCCCGCCUCCGCCCUCAGCACCGACCACAGCCUCGAGACCCCCGAGGAGGGGGAGCUGCGCAUUUAGCACCUCCCCAUCACCCCCAGCCCCCCGACCCCGCCGACCUGGGAAGCUCCCGGGGCUUCCCCAAAACAGGACAGACUCUCCACACCCCCUCGCCCCCCUGCCCUGCCGCGCCACCCACCACCCAUGUAACGCACCCCCCGGCCCAGGGCAGGGGGUGGGGUGCCCAACUGGACUCCCACCACCCCACUCAGGAGGCCGGACCCGGGCCCCUCCAACCCAGCAAUGCCCCGGACGCCCUUCCAUCGGGCAGAGGACUCUGCAGCCCCGCCGGGGGGCAAAGCCUCCCCGGGCUGGGCACGGUCAACCCCUUCUCGGGCACCCAAAGGGACCCUGGGGUCAGCUCACGAUACUUUUCCCCCCCACCAAUCUCCCGGGCUUCUGUCCUCAGCACAGAGCCAGGUACUGACAGCCCCCUCAUACACACUCUGCCAGUAGGCCUCAGCCCCAGCAUUCUGGGCCCUUUGGCAUUGUCUUCGCCCCCCAGGGCACAGGGUGGUUCCUUCUCUCUCUACAGCAAUAAUCCCUCCCUUAAAUCCUCCCCCCCCCACCCCGCCCCCCUCACCAAAGAAGCUCUAUGUCUUGCCCAGAAACUGACCGACUGACUCCGGGACCCCAGAACCGGUUCCGGGGUUAAGGUGAGUGGGACCCUGAGAAGGAAUGGGGGAGGGAGAGGGGCCUCCCCGUGACAUUUCCAGAGAUGAUGGAUCUUGGGGGGGGGCUGCUGGGCUUUCCCCGCCACCCACUCGGUCCUUUCCAAAUGCCCUUCCCCGCUCCACUUUGGCCACACUGCCCUGGACCUUGGCAUAGAGUGCUUUCCUCCCACUAAGGGAGACCACCCC